AUGGGACCAAGUUAUGAUCGUUUCCGCGCACUAACCAGUCAACUUCGUACCAAUAUCACCAAAUUGGUCCCCCCUGCGAACGCUGCGGCUGCUCAAAACGCGAACAGUCUUACGGAAGGAGGAGACGCGUUCAAUGCGGUUGGAUCGAAGCCAGGUCAACCAGGUUUCGACUCGGAAAUGACGGACUCCGUCGGUUGGCGAAAGCGAAAAUCACCAGGUAGUGCAUCAAUGGCCCAAUUGACUGGUGGAGCUGGAGGUGGCUCUAACACGUAUGGUCACUAUCCCGUUGCUGGUGGUUCCGGCGGUUACCAUGGUUCGAACACCAACGAUGUUGCCGGUCUGAGUGGGACCAGUGGCGGUGAAUUCGGUCCAAACGGGUUCGGCUCCGGUCGGGCUCUCGGGCCCCGUGCAAACGGAUCCGCUGUGGCCACAGGAAACGGUGCUGGUGGUGGCGGCGGCGGUGGUUUGGUUCGACCCACUCGCCGAACAGCUGGGGCCACUGGAAUUUGCGGAGCUGCCGCAAUGGGUGGUAUUUCGGGUUCUACUUUUGGACCUGAUGAAGGACGCGCAAAAUUAAAUGCAUUUGGAUUUCCAGUGGAUCAUCCUCUAAACAAGGAAGGAUACAGGUACAUCCUGGUCGAGGCAGACAAACAUGCCGCAGGACGUGCGCUUUGGGACGAGUGUGAACACACAGCGGGCAAACCGAUUCCCGGCCUAUUUUACCGCGUCUAUUUGAGCCCACAGGUGGUGCUGUCGCUGAAUGACCGAGCAAAUCACUUGAAACUUCACGAGUCUCAGCUAAUAAUCACCGGGGACAAAGGAUACUGUAUGGCUCGUGCAACGCACGGUGUCCACACUGGAACAUGGUACUACGAGGCGACUAUCACAGAUCAACCAGAAGGCGCUGCCACGCGGAUCGGAUGGUCACAAAUGCUUGGAACAAAAUUGGAAUCCGUGAACGUGGCAGUUGCUAUUAUUGACGAUCUGAGCAUGCAAGAACUCAAAGGAUUUAUCACUCAUGGUUGGCCAGAAAACAUAAAAGCCCUUCUGACGGACGUAUCGCCCUACUUCAAAUUCCGAGACGAACUAACCGUUCACGAUGAACUGAUUUAUCGUGGUGAAAGGCUGGUAGUGCCCAAGGCGAUUUAA